AUGGAAUCUGACUAGAAUCUACAAAUCAUGAGUCAUGACAAUAUAUAAUAAUUAAAUUCAAAGAAUCCAGGCAUUAAUUCAUCAAUCGUAGAUAUAAAGCAUGAAAUUCCGAUAUAUGCUUCUACAAUUCAUAAUUAGUUCUUAGAGAUUGAUCAAGAGGAGAAGUUAGACGAUAUAGAUAAUAUUGAUGAAUUUGACAAUAACAGGCAUUCUGAUGCCAUUAUGAUUGAAAGAUCAAAAGAAGAUUUCCAAGAAAACGACCCUAAAAUGAAUAGCUACUUGUACAUUCCAAAUUAUUUUGAGAUUGAUAUCAUUAAAAGAAGAAAUGAUUUGAAAAAUAAUAUUGAAGGACUUGAAAAUCAGGAAAUAGAAUAUGGGGAGAAGCAAAUGGCAGAUGCUAUAUAGGUAGAUGUUUAAAUAUAAGAUUAUAUGAAUUUUCCAAUUCUAACUGGUAACCUAAUUAUAACAAAUUACAAAAUUGUAAUAUAAAUACCAAAUGUUCGUCAUACAAAUCCAAACGAUGGUACAGAAUAAGAGGAACCAAUAUCAUACAAGGUAAAAUAAUACCUGACAGUUUUCUUUGGCAAGAUCUCUAAAAUUGAAAGAUAAGCUUAAAAUGAAAAAAAUCCAGACUGUUAAAACAGGAUAAUUAUCAACACAAAAGACUAUCGAGAGAUUAAACUAAUUUUCGAUUCAAUUGAUAAUGUCAAUGAAAUCUAUGUUAUUUUGACCAAUUUAACGUUCCCAGAUUUAAUACAAAGAAUAUUCUUUGCUUCUAAUCACAAACUUUAUUCAGCAUUGAAAUUUAUCUAUUAAUAAGAUUAGGGUAAUGGUUGGGAAGUAUACAGUGAUCCUAUUAUAGAGUUUAAUAGACAAGGUAUAGAUCUCAAUGAAGGUAAUUUAUUUAGAUUAUGGGAGAAUAAGAAUUAUAAGACAUGUCCAUCAUACCCACAGAUAAAUAUAGUUCCAAAAGAAGCAGAUGAUAGAUUAAUACUGCAAACUUCAAAUUUUAGAACAAAGGGAAGAUUGCCUUGUUUGACCUAUUUUGAUAAAUUUAGUGGUUGUUCAAUUUUCAGAUCAAGUCAGCCCAAAUAAGGAAUUUUAAAUGGAAGAAAUUAGGGUGAUGAAAAGUACCUUCAAUUAAUAGGGCAACUUAAUAAUGAGAUAAAUUAAUCUAAUGGAUAACUAAUGAUUUAUGAUGCGAGAUCAUAUGUCGCUGCACUAGCCAAUAGAGUUAAUCAAGGAGGCGUCAGAGACUCUCAUCAAAAAGUUAUAGAAUUGUUAAAGGAACCAACUGACGAAUAAAGUUUUAAAAAAUGGCUCAUUUAAUUUGAAAAUAGCAAUUGGCUUUAGAUGAUUUCUAAGAUUCUGAAAGGAUCUAACAAGAUUGUUGAAUCGAUAAAGUCGAAACGCUGUAAUGUCUUAGUUCAUUGUUCAGAUGGCUGGGAUAGAACUGCAUAGCUGUGCUGCUUAGCAUAGCUUAUACUGGAUCCCUAUUUUAGAACGAUUAAAGGAUUUCAGGUAUUGAUUGAGAAAGAUUGGGUAUCAUUUGGUCAUCAGUUUCACAGGAGAUUCGGGCAUUUUUCAAGUAAUCACAAAGAUGACCAGAGAUCACCUAUUUUCAUUAUGUUUCUAGAUUGUGUGUAUUAAAUGCUGAUGGCAGAAUAGUUCAAAGGUCAAUUCGAAUUCAAUAAAGCAUUUUUAAAAUUUUUAGCACAUGAGAGCUAUAACUGCAAAUAUGGGACAUUUUUAUUCGAUUGCGAGAGAGAAAGAAUUGAUUUUAAUUUGCAAAUGGAGACAGAUUCAAUUUGGACGCAUGUUAAUAAUGAAUUUGAAAGGAAUUAAUAUUUAAAUCGUGGUUAUAAUCCAUCUGAGUAAAAAUUCUUUGAAAAAAUAGAGUAGACAGAUCACUUAAGUUUGAAAAUAUGGCAUGAACUCUAUUUCUGUUACUCUCCUUAUGAACAAGUUAUUUAUGAGGAAUUAGCUUCAAUGUGGAAUAUGGAUAGAUCAAGUGAAAGUUUGAUAAAAAAAGAAAACUCGAAAAGGGGAGGGUAUAUCACUUAAAUUUUUAGUGAUAGUUUUCAAGGAUUUAUCAAAAGAAUUAAUACUACUGAUAUUACAGAACAAAUGACAUUUAAGAGUGGAAUUGAUGGGUGGUAUGGUUCUUUUCAAAAUAUCAUUAUUUAGUCAAAUUCCAGUGUUUAAGAAGUUUCGAGAUAGUCAAAUGCUUUUAUCGAAAGAAUGCGGAGGUAAUCAGAUGUUUCUGAAACUGAGGAAGUUAGUAUUAUUAACGAUGAUGAGAAUUAGUCAGAUGAAAUGAUAGAGGAUGAUUAGUAGUAUCUAUAAAAUGGGAAUUUAGACAUCAAUUCUAAAGGAAUGAAUAACUUGAUUAAAACAAACUAUAUUGAGUGA